GGGGAUGCCGAUGCCGGCGGGUGCGGAGCCGCCGCGGCGCGGAGCCGCCGCCCGGCCCGGGCACGGCGGGGCAGGCGCGGGCGGGGCGGGGGCGCGCAGCCCGCGGGCCCCGCAGCGGCCGCCCGGGCGCUGCCCGCCGCCGCCGUUGCGGCCGUAGGCUCCCCCGCCUCCCGGGGAUACGGCGCUCCGGUAUGAAGCGGUGCCGGUCGGACGAGCUGCAGCAGACCGAGGAAGACCCCGGCGCCUCGGAGGAACCGCCCGGCCCCGCCGCCAUGGAGGCCAAGCCCGGGGAGGCGGUGGCCCCCGAGGCGGGCGCUGUCCUACCGCCGCGCACCAAACCCCCCGACCUGAAGAAAAUCCAGCAGCUUUCCGAAGGGUCCAUGUUUGGCCACGGCCUGAAGCACCUUUUCCACAGCCGCCGGCGGUCGCGGGAGCGUGAGCACCAGAACUCGCAGGACUCGCUGCCGCCGCACUACGGCGCUUCCGACCACGACUCCCCCGACGAGAAGGAGCGCUCCCCAGAGAUGCACCGCGUCUCCUACGCCAUGUCCCUGCAUGACCUCCCGGCGCGGCCCACCGCCUUCAACCGGGUGCUGCAGCAGAUCCGUUCCCGUCCUUCCAUCAAGCGCGGCACCAGCCUGCACAGCGGCAGCCGGCGGGCCAAGAGCGGCUCUUUGGAGCCCCAGAAAGGAAGCCCGCACCUCGGCCGUAAGGCCCCCCAGGACAGCAGCCUCACCGCCAUCCUGCAUCAGCACCAGGGCCGCCCCAGGUCGUCCUCCACCACCGACACUGCCAUCCUCCUGGCCGAGAGCGGGGCCGUCUACCUGCUCACCGAGGACACCGAGUGCCUGGCCGAUAAGCUGGACAAGGGAGACGUGACAGCGCUCAACCUGCCCUCCAGCACCGGGCACGGUGACACCGAUGGCCCCGUCUGCCUGGACGUCCCCGAUGGCACCCCCGACCCUCACAGGACAAAAGCUGCCAUCGAACACCUGCACCAGAAGAUCCUUAAGAUCACCGAGCAGAUCAAGAUCGAGCAGGAGGCCCGGGAUGACAACGUGGCCGAGUACCUGAAGCUGGCCAACAACGCGGACAAGCAGCAAGCCUCCCGCAUCAAGCAGGUUUUCGAGAAGAAGAACCAGAAGUCGGCGCAGACCAUCGCGCAGCUGCACAAGAAGCUGGAGCACUACCACAAGAAGCUGAAAGAGAUCGAGCAGAACGGCCCUUCCCGGCAACCCAAGGAUGUUUUCCGGGACAUGCACCAGGGUCUCAAGGACGUGGGCGCCAAUGUUCGCUCCAGCAUCAGCGGCUUCGGUGGCGGCGUGGUGGAGGGUGUCAAGGGAGGGCUCUCGGGGCUGUCCCAGGCCACCCACACCGCUGUGGUCUCCAAGCCGCGGGAGUUCGCCAGCCUCAUCCGCAACAAGUUUGGCAGCGCGGACAACAUCGCCCACCUGAAGGACACAUUGGACGAUGGGCACCCGGAGGAGGCUUCGCGGGCUCUGAGUGGCAGUGCCACCCUGGUCUCCAGCCCCAAGUACGGCAGCGAUGACGAGUGCUCCAGUGCCACCUCCGGCUCGGCUGCUGGCAGCAACUCAGGGGCAGGACCCGGUGGCUUGGGGAGCCCCAAGUCCAACACGCUGGACAGCCACCACAAUAACUUCGACACCAUCCUGGAGGAGCUCCGGGAGAUCAAGGACAGUCAGUCACACCUGGAGGACUCCAUGGAGGACCUCAAGGCCCAGCUGCAGCGGGAUUACACCUACAUGACGCAGUGCUUGCAAGAGGAGCGCUACAGGUACGAGCGCCUGGAGGAGCAGCUGAACGACCUGACCGAGCUGCACCAGAACGAAAUGACCAACCUGAAGCAGGAGCUGGCCAGCAUGGAGGAGAAGGUGGCCUACCAGUCCUACGAGAGGGCACGGGACAUCCAGGAGGCGGUGGAGUCCUGCCUGACACGGGUGACCAAGCUGGAGCUGCAGCAGCAGCAGCAGCAGGUGGUGCAGCUGGAAGGGGUGGAGAACGCCAACGCCCGGGCGCUGCUGGGCAAGUUCAUCAACGUCAUCCUGGCCCUGAUGGCUGUGCUGCUCGUCUUCGUCUCCACCAUCGCCAACUUCAUCACCCCCCUCAUGAAGACCCGCAUGCGCAUCCUCAGCACCGCCCUGCUUGUCCUCUUCCUCUUCUUCCUCUGGAAGCACUGGGACUCCAUCACCUACUUUCUGGAGCACAUCCUGCUCCCCAGCUGAGCUGCAGCCUGGAAAGCCACCCCCCGGGGUUUUCCGUUUCCCACAGAGGAGGGAGUUGGGGGGGCCAGUGGUUCAAAGCCUUCGGGUUUUUUCUUCACACGCUCAGUUCUGUUACUUUCCUGACCCUCCAUUCUCGCUGUGGCCGGCAGCGAUUGCUCAGAGCACGGCAUAUCGGAGCCGGGAUCCAUCAGUCCUCUGCGAUAUUUGGGGAGGGUGGGGAACAAAGAGCAGUUUUUGGAAGAA